GAUUAUGAAUGACGGCAGGUGCUGCUGUUUUCCCGGCGCUGCUUCUGUUGUUUUCUUCCCUGCCGCGUGGAGCUGCGAGCGGUCUGCGGGCGAAGACUUCCUAAAGCGACCUCGGGAAACCCGGCUCGGGCGGGGCGGGAAUGCGCUGGCGGCCAGUGUUGACACGCUCACGCACCCUCCCUGCCUGGCCGCGCCUCUGCGACCAGGAUCUCAACGAAGGAAGAGAAUGAAAGGCAUUAAGAAAAGUCUUACAGAGGAAUAUCUGUACUUGGAAUUGUCUCAACAAAUAGGAGGGUACAUCUUUCCUCUUCAUACGUCUGUAACUUUAUUUUUGUUAUCAUACUGUGACUGCAAAAUCUUUAAAGUUUGCUUAGUUCUCACCACAGAAAGCACCGAUGUCUCACUGCUUAGAAGUGUACUGUCCAAGGAUGUUGAAAUACAUAUUACUUCAAGGCAGGAGCUUCCACCAGUAGUCCAGAAUUGCCGUUUACCUGCCGUGGUAGAAAGACCAGACAAUUUCUGUAGAGCAGGACUUGCUGUUGUAUUGAGACACAUAAUCCAGAAAUCAUAUGAAUCAGACCCCUCAAAGAAGGAAAUUUUGGAACUUCUGGGUUUUAAGAAGACCUGCUUGAAAGCCUGUGCUGAAGUUAGUCAGUGGACCAGGCUAUGUGAACUUACCAUCCCUGUAGCUAUUGAGAAUUUUCUCAGAGAAUCUUCUGACCAGCCCCCAACCAUCCCUGCCGAAAUACUAGAGCUCGAGAAAAAGCUGAGUGAGCCCGUUAGAGUGCAUAACGAUGACAAACUCCGGCGGCAAAAGCUGAAGCAACAAAAGGCUGCUGGGUCUGGACCUUCCCUUGCUAAGGAGAAAACAAAGAGCAAGGUGCAUAGACUGGAAACUUCCGAAGCGGUGGACUCUUCAUCCGCGAGCCUGGAACUGCAAGUGGCCUUAUCAAAGCUCCUGGUACAGGAGGAGUCAGCUCCUGCCAAUAGGGAGCCUUCUCACAUCAGAAAAACAAAAGCCUCUGACCUUCCACCUCUGGAGCAUGUGUUUGCAGAAGGCCUUUACUUCACUUUGGCAGAUAUUGUGCUCUUGCCCUGUAUCCAUCACUUUUUGGUAAUUAUCUGCAAGAAACUUCCUGAAAAGCUGGUAGAAUUUCCACUGCUGGCUGCCUGGUACCGGAGGAUUCAGGAAGUGCCAAGAGUUAAAACAGCAGCUUCUCAGUGUGGGAUCCAAUUUCUCCAUUUGCCAGAGUUGCAGACCUCCUCAAAUGAAUGGCAUCCGAACUUAGAUGAGGUCCCAUGUGUAGAAGAGCAAAAUGAUUCUUCAUUUAUAGGAGGACCGAGACCCACUAUGACCAAGUUAAUGGAAAAAGGCAUUGAAGUAAUGUUUUCUCCCCACCCUUGCCCUACUUGGACCCUUGAUUGGAAUACUCUUCCUGCAGCAGUGAGCCCAAAGGAAGGUAAAAUGUCCAGCGAUCGAGCUUUGAGGAAGCAGCAACAGUUAAACAACCUUGUUUAUGUGGUGACAAAUCAGGCCAAACCUGGUGACAGAAUUGUGGAUUUCUGCAGCGGUGGGGGUCAUGUUGGGAUUGUCCUUGCUCACAUGCUGCCAUCGUGCCAGGUUAUAUUAAUAGAAAACAAGGAAUUAUCUCUAAUUCGCGCUAAGAAGAGAAGUGAUGAACUAGGUUUAAGCAACAUUUGGUUCAUUCAAGCAAAUAUGGAGUAUUUUACAGGGAUCUUUAAUAUUGGGGUGGCUUUGCAUGCUUGUGGAGUGGCAACAGACAUGGUGAUUGAGCACUGCAUCAAAACCCGGGCUUCCUUCGUCACGUGCCCUUGCUGUUACGGUUUCAUUCAGAACACCUCCAAGUUUAAGUUUCCAAAAAGUGAACAAUUCAAGAAAACUUUAUCAUACAAGGAACACAUGAUUCUGUGUAGGUUUGCUGAUCAGACAGCUGUCCAGCUUCCACCUCAACGAAGGCUCAUAGGAAAACAGUGCAUGUGCCUGGUGGAUCUGGAUCGAGCAAGAGCUGCAGAAGAACGUGGCUACUCUGUUCAAGUGAUAUCUAUGGAGCCAGAGAGCUGCUCUCCCAAAAAUAACAUGAUUGUGGGAGUCCCCGUUUAAAACGAGAUAUUCGCAUUUGAUGUUUUGCCAUCUAGCUCCCUGAUGAAAGCCCAAUAGCAUUCAGGAGGUCCUUAGCAUAACUGGGAAACAACAUUAGCCAUCUUGAAUCUGUUGUUCUUGGGAAAGAAUACAGCAGGAAAAUCUUGGAGGAAGGCUGCCUGCAAAGCAUCACAAAUGCACUUGUAAUGUGUGAUUAAAGGACUGCUGGUUUUCAUACUGAGCAUCCCCUGAAGUCUCAGCUGCCAGCAGAAUGAUACUCAUGAGAGGAGGUUCCAUCACUGGAAUAACAAUUUCCUUCUCAGUUCACAGCUUUUCUGAUCUUGCCAGUGUGGUGUUCAGCUCAAAACAAUGUACAUGCAGCCUUAUAAUCACUUAGAAAUUCAAAUGAAGACCAAAAGUAGACUCAGUGGGGUUUGUUUGCUUUUUUU